CACCAUGUAUCCUGGUGUCAGUGUCCUGGAGCUAAGAAGGACAGAUAUCUACAUCUCCUAAAAGCAAAGUUAUUUCCUGCCAGCAUCACUCAGCCUCAAUCUGCUUUUACUUUUGAUGUUCUAGAUAACUUCCUCAUAGAUGCUUUGGAGUGCAACAAGACCUCAGCUAUAGGUUUCUAUCAAAAGCUACGUCAUUUUACCAAUAAUGCUUUCCCUCAUAAAAUACCU